UCCCACCCUCUCUAUCUCCCCACAUAUACCCGUAGAGAGAACACACACACCCACACACACAAAAAACACUCUCCCUGUCCCUCCCUCCCUCCCUCUACAAUCCCUAAACCCCAAAAAGCCUAGCCGCCACAACCAGCUCCGCAGCCGCAGCAACAAAAUCUAAUCUUCGGCCACCAUGGACGAGUCAACUCAACUCCAGCAAGCGCAACUCGCGGCAGUCCUUGGGGGCGAUCCUUCGCAAUUCGAAACCCUAAUCUCUUCGCUCAUGUCAUCAUCCAACGAAACUCGAUCUCAAGCGGAGCUCAUCUUCAACCUCGCCAAACAACACGAUCCAAACUCGCUCUGUCUAAAACUCGCUCACCUCCUUCAGUUCUCUCCUCACCUCGACGCCCGUGCUAUGUCCGCUGUCCUCCUCCGUAAACUCCUCACUCGCGAUGACUCGUACCUCUGGCCGCGCCUCUCUCCGCAAACCCAGUCCUCUCUCAAAUCGAUCCUCCUCGCCUGUCUACAGCAAGAGUCUGUUAAAUCGAACACCAAGAAGUUGUGCGACACCGUUUCUGAGCUUGCUUCCGGGAUUUUGCCCGAUAAUGGCUGGCCUGAGCUUUUGCCGUUUAUGUUUCAGUGUGUGACGUCAGAUUCCUUCAAGUUGCAGGAAUCUGCGUUUUUGAUCUUCGCACAGCUGUCUCAGUAUAUCGGAGAGAGUUUGAUUCCCUUUAUCAAGGAGUUGCACGGGGUUUUUCUGCAGUGUUUGGGGUCGAGCACGAAUUUCGAUGUCAAAAUUGCGGCCUUGAAUGCUGUGAUUAAUUUUAUUCAGUGUUUGGAUAAUUCGUCCGAUAGAGAUCGAUUUCAGGAUUUGUUGCCGUCGAUGAUAAGGACUUUAACGGAGGCUUUAAAUAAUGGGAAUGAGGCGACUGCUCAGGAGGCGUUGGAGUUGUUGAUUGAGUUGGCGGGGACGGAGCCCAGGUUUUUGAGGAGGCAGUUGGUGGAUGUCGUGGGUUCAAUGUUGCAAAUUGCGGAGGCGGAGAGUUUGGAGGAAGGAACUAGGCAUUUGGCUAUUGAGUUUGUGAUUACAUUGGCGGAAGCUAGGGAGAGGGCACCAGGGAUGAUGAGGAAGUUACCGCAGUUUAUCAGUAGAUUGUUCGGGAUACUGAUGAGGAUGUUGUUGGAUAUUGAGGAUGAUCCGGCAUGGCAUAGUGCGGAGAAUGAGGAUGAAGAUGCGGGGGAAACAAGUAAUUAUAGCGUGGGGCAAGAGUGUUUGGAUAGGUUGGCCAUUUCUUUGGGUGGGAAUACUAUUGUUCCUGUUGCUUCGGAACAAUUGCCUGCGUAUUUGGCUGCUCCUGAGUGGCAGAAACAUCAUGCUGCUCUUAUUGCAUUGGCUCAGAUUGCUGAAGGGUGCUCUAAGGUAAUGCUAAAAAACCUGGAACAAGUAGUUACAAUGGUCCUAAAUUCAUUUUAUGACCCCCAUCCCCGUGUGAGAUGGGCAGCUAUUAAUGCAAUUGGGCAGUUGUCCACGGAUUUGGGUCCAGAUUUGCAAAAUCAAUACCAUCAGAGAGUUUUGCCUGCAUUAGCAGCUGCCAUGGAUGAUUUUCAGAAUCCUCGUGUUCAGGCACAUGCUGCUUCGGCUGUGCUUAACUUCAGUGAGAAUUGUACUCCAGAAAUUUUAACACCGUACCUAGAUGGAGUAGUGAGCAAAUUGCUUGUUCUUCUACAGAAUGGAAAACAAAUGGUGCAAGAGGGAGCGUUGACUGCUUUGGCAUCAGUUGCUGAUUCCUCUCAGGAGCACUUCCAAAAAUACUAUGAUGCAGUCAUGCCUUACUUGAAGACUAUCUUGGUGAAUGCAAAUGACAAAGCUAACCGCAUGCUUCGUGCCAAAUCCAUGGAGUGCAUCAGUCUAGUUGGGAUGGCAGUGGGGAAAGAGAAGUUUAGGGAUGAUGCCAAGCAGGUUAUGGAUGUACUUCUGUCAUUGCAAGUAUCUCAGAUGGAGUCAGAUGAUCCAACAACAAGUUACAUGCUACAAGCAUGGGCCAGACUUUGCAAGUGUUUAGGACAAGAUUUUCUUCCUUACAUGAGUGUUGUCAUGCCACCUUUGCUUCAGUCUGCUCAACUCAAGCCUGAUGUAACCAUUACAUCUGCGGAUUCAGAUAAUGACAUUGAUGAUUCUGAUGAUGAAAGCAUGGAGACUAUCACCCUUGGUGACAAAAGAAUUGGGAUCAAGACUAGUGUUCUGGAGGAAAAAGCUACUGCUUGUAACAUGUUAUGUUGCUACGCUGAUGAGCUGAAGGAAGGAUUCUUUCCAUGGAUUGAUCAGGUUGCCCCAACCUUGGUACCUCUUCUUAAAUUUUAUUUUCAUGAAGAGGUUAGGAAAGCAGCUGUUUCAGCCAUGCCAGAACUUCUGCGUUCUGCAAAAUUAGCUAUCGAGAAAGGGCUUGCUCAGGGUCGCAAUGAGUCUUAUGUAAAGCAGCUGUCUGACUAUAUUAUUCCAGCCCUGGUUGAAGCACUGCACAAGGAACCCGAUACUGAGAUCUGUGCAAGCAUGUUGGAUGCCUUAAAUGAAUGCUUGCAGAUAUCUGGAGUGCUUGUUGAUGAAGGUCAAGUGCGAUCUGUUGUGGAUGAGAUAAAACUGGUCAUCACUGCCAGCUCAAGUCGCAAGAGAGAGAGAGCAGAGAGAGCCAAAGCUGAAGACUUUGAUGCAGAGGAGGGAGAGUUGAUCAAGGAGGAAAAUGAGCAAGAGGAGGAAGUUUUCGACCAAGUUGGUGAAAUCUUGGGAACUCUGAUUAAAACAUUCAAAGCUUCUUUCUUGCCUUUCUUUGAUGAGCUAUCAUCCUAUCUUACUCCCAUGUGGGGCAAGGAUAAGACUGCUGAAGAGAGAAGGAUUGCAAUUUGCAUUUUUGAUGAUGUUGCGGAGCAAUGUCGCGAGGCGGCUCUUAAAUAUUAUGAUACAUAUCUUCCUUUCUUACUGGAGGCUUGCAAUGAUGACAACCCGGAUGUUCGGCAGGCAGCCGUAUACGGGCUUGGUGUUUGUGCAGAAGUUGGUGGUUCUGUGUUUAAACAUCUAGUUGGAGAGGCUUUAUCAAGACUUAAUGUUGUAAUACGGCAUCCUAAUGCUAAGCAACCAGACAAUGUCAUGGCAUAUGAUAAUGCUGUUUCAGCUUUAGGGAAAAUUUGCCAGUUUCAUCGUGACAGUAUAGAUUCAGCUCAGGUUGUUCCUGCAUGGUUAAACUGUCUGCCAAUAACAGGAGACUUGAUUGAAGCAAAAGCUGUUCAUGAACAACUUUGUUCAAUGGUGGAGAGGUCAGAUAGAGAACUUUUGGGACCCAACAAUCAGUAUCUUCCUAAGAUUGUUUCAGUAUUUGCUGAGGUUCUAUGUGGUAAGGAUCUAGCAACCGAACAAACUCUAAGCCGAAUGGUUAAUCUUCUGAGACAACUACAACAAACCUUACCACCAGCUACCUGGGCCUCGACCUUGUCGGUGUUGCAUCCACAACAACAGAUGGCAUUGCAAUCCAUCCUCUCAUCAUAAUAUCUUGGCUGGCGAACCCAACUGGCUAUGGUGAAGAUGCAAUCUCCAGUUUGUUGUUAAAAUAUAUUUAUAACCCAUUCUUUGGAUGAGAUGUUUCCCAUUGCAAGGCGUUCUACAACAACCUGGUGUCGGUUUGAAUGAGUGUGAGAGUCGUUGCCAUUGAAAAUGAAUCCGUUUUUGUAGAAUGUGUAUAUUCAUUUAUAAGUGUUAUUUAUACUCCAGAUUGAGUGGCGGGGGGGAAAGAAAAAGGAAGUGUAGGUAUCGUCUGUCCCUUUUUGUUCUUUUUUUAUUUUUUGGUGGUGGUUUAAGGUUUGAGGGUUGUCAGUGAAGCAAUUCUUGUCGCAGUUUUGUCCCCAUUGUGUUGCUAUUUUUGGGUUCAAUACAAAAAAAACAUCUUGAUUGUGAUCAUGUAUGCACUGAAAUCUUGAAUUGGUUAUUCUUUCAUUAUAAUUGCAAUUUUGAUUCCGAUAA